AUGGAGCAUAAACCGCCUCAAAUCCUUAGAAUCAAAAGAAAGAGAGGUCAAGAUCCUCUUCAAGCAUUGAUUCUAGAAGAUAACAAUGCAGCGAAAAGGUCGAAGCCUUCAUCACCAGUUUCCUCAACGGUACUCGAUAAGAAUAAUAAUUUUUAUUUUACAUUGACUAGAACGGACGAAUCUGGGGCUAUUAAUGAGGAAGCAGUAAUUGAAUCGAUAUUAUCUGAAGCACCUUCGACAAAGAGAACAGCCUCUUCCAUACUUGAUAAAGAUGAUGAGAGAAAGGUUGAGAAUUCUAAUGUGAAUAGAAAACGGAAGUUUAUUAUUCCCAAGAGACAAACAGAAGAAGAUACAUAUAUACCCAACGAAUUGGCCGAUAUGGUAAGCUCGUUAUUAACGUCUAGGCAUAAUGUGAAUAGUCCCCAAAGAAAACGGCGAAAUAGAAGUGGAAAUAGUGCUAGCAACCUUGGAGACACACCUAUAGUUCCUGAAACAGAGACAGAAGGACAACCUGUUGUUGUUGUUACAGAAGAAGUAUCCGACUACGUUUACGAUGUUUAUCAGCUAUCUCUGACUGAACCAAUGACUACUGCAAACCACCCUCAGUCUCAAAUUGGUUAUAUUAGAUUUUUUGAUGAGGACAAUGAUUUGUACCAAUCAGAUGAAGAAAAGAACAAAACUAACAACAUGUUUUCCGAUGAUGAGGAUUCAAAUGCGGAAAGUUUCUAUCAAAAUGAUUAUCCAAGCGACGAAGAUGCAGGUGCAUAUAGUGAUACCUACACGGAAGAAGACAUUGAAAUAAUACAACUUCAAGAUGGCCAAGAUAGUCAAGACAACGAGGAAUACGAAUAUAUUAGUUCAGGAACGAAGCCCGAUGAAGGCUUUGAAGAUUUGUACGAUGAUUUUUAUGAUGAUGGAGACAAUGAUAUAAAUUUUUUGGCUGAAGAUCAAUAUCAUAAUGUAGAUAAUGAUCAAGAAUUGGAAAGAAAUCAUUUCUUUGAGAACGAAGAAGAGGACGACUUAGCCAUACAUAGGGAUAUAAUAUUUGGGAAACUAAAAAAAAUGAUCGAUGAAAGGAAUUAA